AACGUGCUACUGGUAAUAUAUAAAAAGGAAGAAUUGGGAGGAGACAAACGUCAACAUGAUUGGCAUGUUCUUUAUAUCAACAAUUAAUCAUACUACAGCUUCUGGACAAUGGUGGAUCUAAGAACCGUGCUCUGUUUCUGCAGCAGAAAGAAGAAACACAACCAAGCAAGGCCUGUGAUAGCUCUGAUCAAUCCUGCACGCGCUCUGAAAUCGCAUCCUAAGCACUUUAAUGCCUCGUUGGAGCAAGGUGAAAAUGGCAGCGGUGAUAGGGUUGGGGCUGCGAGAGAUGGGGGGGUGGUCGUUUUGGCUGCUGCUGCCAUAGUUGCUGGUCAAGGCGGAGGCUUUAGCGAUGCAGGGUUCGAGGGAGGCAGGGAAGGUGAGGCUGGUGAAGGCGGCGAAGGUGGGGCUGGCGGGUGUGGUGCUGGACUUCGAAGGGCCUGCUGGUUGAUCCACUCUUUGCCCCAGCACAUUGGUUCGUUCGGUCAACAGUGGUGCAGCACCGAGAUACCCUAAUGUUCAUUGCACGAUCUUGUUCUUAUGGUAGGCUCGGACAGAAGUGACCCACCGCAAGUUACUCAGUCGAUGUGAUUACCAACCUAACAUAUUUGACAGAUUAACCAAUUGGACCCGGCAGGACAACUCACCAUCUUCGUGCAUGCAACUUAACCUACAUGAUGACUGAAUCUCGUGCUAGACACGGGGAUUCUGUGUAAAGAAUCAUACGCCGUCUUCUUGGACCCAUUCAACUGAGAUGUAUAUCUCAAUCUCUUCGACUUUUGUUCCAAUUUCUAACUGCAUAUGAUGUAGAUUCGACACGCUAAUAAAAAUGAUGGUAUAACACGCGCACGCAUCUUACUUGGCAUUUUCCGCAA